CUGCUCCGUCCCCCCCACGCCAGCGGGCAACGCGUCAGUCAGAGUUCUCCCGGACGCCGGCCCGUGGCGAAGUCGCUAGGCCCGCCAUGCGAGCUCCGCGCGUCUGAAGACCUGCUUCCUCCCUCCCGCUGUUCAGCUCGCGGCAGGCCAGGUGAUGAGGCGCGCUCACGCUGGGCGCGGCGGCCGCUGGCUGACGUCGUGCCUGGUGCUGCUGGCGGGCGGGCUGGCGCACGUGGUGUCCAACCACUCCUCCACCACAACCACCACCACCACCACCACGGCGACCACCACCACUACCACCACCACGGCGACCCCCGCAGGGACGAGCACGCACCAGCCGCCGGGCGACGUGGAGGGGACGUGGACCGCCGCCCCGUCGCCGCAGACGCUCAGGCCUGCCAACUGCACGCCGCCCGCCAUAGAGCAGUUCCCGCGGCCCCUGAUCGGCCAGCGGGCGCGCAAGAGCGGCGCCAUCGUGGUGCACCUGCUGGCCGCCGUCUACACCUUCCUGGGGCUCGCCAUCGUCUGCGACGACUACUUCGUGUCCUCGCUCGACCGCAUCUGCGAAGAGCUGAAGCUGACGCCGGACGUGGCGGGGGCCACCUUCAUGGCGGCGGGCUCGUCGGCCCCGGAGCUGGCCACGGUCGUCAUCGGCGUGUUCUUCGCCAAGGACGACAUCGGCGUGAGCGGCGUGAUCGGCUCGGCCGUGUUCAACAUCAUGUUCGUGAUCGCGCUGUGCGGGCUGUUCGCCCCGACCGUGUGCCACCUCAACUGGUGGCCGCUCAUCCGGGACUGCACCUUCUACUGCAUCGCCAUCCUCGUCAUGCUGUACGCCAUCAACAACCGCAGCGUGUCCUGGGGUGAGUCCCUAUUGAUGCUCCUGAUGUAUGCAGUGUACUGCGUGGUGCUGAAGUUCAACGCGCCCUUGGAGCGCUGGGCACAGACGCUGCCUGUGCCCUGCAAGCGCCCGCUCCCCGAGGAGUCGUCCUCGCUGGUUUCCUACAAGCACCUGGACGAGGAUCGCUCGCGCCGGCCCAGCUACACGGCCAGCCCCCCGCCGGAGAACACCCUCAACUUCAGCGUGGAGCCUAGGUCGCAGCAGCCCAUGGAAAGUGCGACCGCAGCCCAGAUGCAGCCGGGAGCUGGCCCCCCUCCGGUGCCUCCGCCCCCUGCAAGUGCUGAGUACUACAAGUCCAGGGAGUCUCAAGGAGAAGAGGUUUCUCCGAUGGUGAUGCCCACGGACGGAGGGCUGCUGGCCAAAGUGUCGUGGGUGGUGACUGUGCCCAUCCACGCAGUCUGCCGAGUGACGAUGCCCGACUGCAAGAAAGAAAAGUGGAAGCAGUGGUAUCUCUUCACCUUCAUGGUUUCCAUGGUUUGGAUAUCGUUCUACUCCUACAUAAUGGUGUGGAUGAUUACGAUUGUAGGCAGCACGCUGGGCAUCCCAGACACCGUGAUGGGUCUGACGUUCGUGGCGGCCGGCGUGAGCGUGCCGGAUGCCCUCUCCAGCCUGGCCGUGGUCAAGGAAGGUUAUGGUGACAUGGCAGUUUCAAACGCUGUGGGAAGCAACGUUUUUGACAUCCUCGUCUGCUUGGGACUGCCGUGGUUUAUGCAGACAGCCAUCGUUAAACCAGGAAGUCACGUCAAUGUUUACAGCAAAGGUUUGACAUAUUCAACACUUUCUCUUCUGUCAACAAUUCUUUUCCUUGUGGUGACAACUCAUCUCAAUGGCUGGAAACUUGAUAAAAAAUAUGGUUUUAUCCUGUUGGGUUGGUACCUGCUGUUUAUCACUUUUGCUAGUCUUUACGAGCUAAAUGUAUUUGGAAACCUAAACCCUCUUGAAUGUCCAACAGACUACUAAGAUUUGCACUAAACUAUGAGACUUGUGUGUGCAGGAGUUUUGUUUAGCUGUUCACAGUAUUAUAAAUCUAGGUGUAAAGUUUGUAAAAACAAAAAAAAAAUUAUUGUGCUGGAUUUAAAUAAAUAUAUGUACAUUUGUAAAUAUAUAGGUAAAACAAUACGAGCUCAUUGAAACUAAAGCAAAUAAAAAAAAAAACCUUUUGCAUAUUAAAACCGAAAAAAUCUAUGAAGGCAGCUCAUGAUGGUCUUAUGCAGGUUUAUUAGAAAGUGCAUUAUUUUUAUAUAGAAAACCAAUAGUAAUAUCAAAGCUGAACGAAUAUUAAAAUAAAAGGAGCCCUUAUUUUGCUACUUGUUUUAUGCUCAGAUAAUACACAUUACUCUUAUAUGUCAAAAAUUACAAAACAUGUAAUUAAAAAUACAAUUUGCACAAAAAACUAGCUAGUUAAAACUAAAUUUUUUAAUCAAAUCAUAUCAUAAGUUGCAAAUCUUCUAUAUCACAGCCUGGGACUGAUACACCACUAAUAUGUUAAUAAUGAGCUUGUAAAUAGCAGAAUCAGCUAAUGUAAACUGUAAAUAUUUAUUAGCAGUUGUGUAUUUAGAUGGGUGUGUCCGUUAAUUUAUUAAACUUCAGAAGUCUCGUCAGUUCGGCGCAGGCAUUAUUUCCAGCUUUUGGAUGCAUCCGCUCUUCACUUUAACUGUAUAACUAUCUAUAACAACUUGACUCGUUGACCCUUUCAGGUGCUGAUGGGCUGUAGUGAACUAUUUCUGCACUAAACUUCCCCAUCAUCCCAUGCCGGUGUACUGGUUACUGCAUGUCUGAAAGCAACGGGAACCUACGAUUUACAACCAUCCAAUACAUAGCUUCCUUCGCAGUCCACCACUUAAUCUCAAGAGGGUAGACUACUCUAGGAAAAGAGAGAAGUUAUAAAAAUGUAGCACAGGAUGUUAAAUGUCUGAACCUUAGAAGUGUUGCUGGAUAUUCAAAAAGGGAAAUAAAGUGACGAACGUUAGAUGUUUCCGGGAUACUUGAGAUUAUUUAGAUGGUGGAAAAAGUAUGGUCAGGUGAUGGUAGGAUUGUAAACAACAAAUCAAAAAAAAAAAACAGGUAAACCCAGAUGUACUAAAUCAUAAUGAAGACACAAAACUUUCACUCAUGAUUUCAUAACUGUCAGUAUUCAAACCAAGUUAUGCUCUUGCUAGCGUGUACAGAUUUAAAUUUAUUUUAUUUUUGUUUUCUGUAAUUAGAUGUUGUUUUUUUUCCCCACGCUAACCUAACCAAUUGGAAGAGUUCGCUUGUGCUCCAAAAUGCAUCAGCUGUUUAUGUGUUUGUGCUUUCAGCUGUGAAAAGUAUUGUCAAUGAACCGAUUCUUGGUGUACGUCACACCUUACAUAGCUGUAUGCCCUGUUUCAGCAUGUGAACUAGCCUUAACAAUUCUUUGUUUGUUCCAGUUUCCGUAAGGGUGCUGGUAUAUUUUAUUAAAUAAAAAAAUGUUACUACAGAAUUAUGGUGUUACCAAAAACUUGAUACUCUAUGUAAGCUUAAUUUAUUAUAAUAGCAAAACCAAAGUAUGUAAUCUCAAAAUUACUCUGGAGAAAUGUGUGUUGAUUGUGUGAUAUAAAAUUUAUAUAUAACAUUUCAUAACAUACAAAGCUAUAAUUAUAGAUUAUGAAAGGAAUAAAUGCUUAAUCUUAUAAGGAUGAAUGUGUUGAGUGAUAACGAAAGAAAUUAUGUAAUGUCAAUGAGCUUCACAAGAAGUUGUUUGAAAUUAUCUGAUAACGGAAGACAAUAAUUUAUAGCCUUAAACUUUGAACAAUAUACAUACAAAAAUUGCAACUGAAAGCAUUUGUAUGUACAUGAAAAUGACCCUAACAUAGCAUUGUUUGUGUAAUUGGUAGAUAGUAUGUGUACUAAUAAAAAAAACUACAGAAUGUUAGAUUGUUACACUCAUGUGUAUAUUUUCCAUGAUCAUGUGUGAACCUCACAAAAGAAUUAUGUUAAUUAGUUGUGUAUAUGUACAUAUGUCAUAAACUGGAAUAAAAAUGUAUGUAGAAAAUUCUUAUACGUAGUAAAAUUAGUAGCUAAACAUAUUGGCAUGUAAUGAUAUUACAAAUAAUUCUCUAAAACUGUUUAAUGUGAAUUGCCUAAAAGGCUAUGAGUGAUGUAAGCUUUAUGAACGAUGUUAAACUUUAAAAAGAAUGAAAAAUAUAACAGUGAACACA